CUGUGUCUGAGUCCGAUUUCUCUAUACCUGCAGCACACUGUGUACAUAUUUACCUACACAAAAACUUUGUCUCCUCCUGGAACUAUAUCAAGAUCACCAACAACAUACAACAUGAAAGGCCCUAACAUCCUCCUCCUGUUGUACUGCAUAGAAACUCUGAUGGUACUUCUCUGUGGAGCUGAUGUUUAUCCAACCAACAUUGAACCUGAAACGGCUCCUCCAGAAAAACAAAACUUAAUGACCCAAAAUGCUGUUCAAGAAACAACCCCAGCUGCCAGCACCAUGACCCAAACUACUGCCAGCACCAUGACCCAAACUACUGCCAGCAACACAUCAACAAUUGCUGCAUCUGAGGCUAGCUACUCGACAAGCAGUGAGUCAACAGUCAUCCCAAAUGAUCAAUCAACCCCCAAAUAUAGGGUUUCAAAUCCACCUCCCCCAACUACCACCAUCACCAAACAUGACGAUAAACUUUACAAGCCAGAGUGUCUCCGAGAGUUUGUAGUGGCUGGAGGACUGAUCAUACUCUGUGCUGUUCUGCUGAUUUCUACUGUGUCGUUGACGUGCAAGGUGUGCCAGUUGAGCAGACACAUCAAAAAGCUGAAGAGGAGAGAUUCUGAAACAAUCAGCAACUCUGGAUAUUUGACGGGAACUCCCAUGAAAGAGAAAAGCAAGUCAGAGACAGAAGCCAUAGAGACCACUGUGUUAAUGGCUGACGUCAGUCAAACACAGGAGGAGGUGGGUAACAGUGGCACCAAAGAAGAAGAAGAGAAAGUAAUCAAUGAUGGACAAAUGGGAGAAGAGAAAGACAAGGAGCCUGGAGACACUGCUGAAACUUCCACAGGUGAAAAUGAGAAGGAGACACUUGUGAUCAGUGAUGAAAAUCCUUCAUCCCCCAACCUGCAAGAGGAGACAGCAGAUUCCCAGUCGGCCAAAGCUGUGGCAGCCUCCUCCUCUGAGGGCACAGAGGAACCAAAGGAUGUAGUGUAGAAUGGUGUGUGU